AUGUAUAACAGCAACGACGAUGAGGAGGAGAACUACUCGAGGAACAGAAGAAGCAAUUCAUCAGAUAGUGGGAAUGGAGACGGAAAUGGGAUGCUAAACGAUCCAAUGAAUACGUACAACCAUUACAAUAACUUUAAUCGGUUUCACGAACAAAAUAUGCAAGCAUGCAAAAUUGAUGAAAUUUAUGUAGACGAUAGUUAUGACGAAAAUGGUAGUUACGUCCAGAAAGGAGACAAUCUUUCCGACAACAACCAUUUUGAAGUAAGUAAAAACGUAAAUUUCGAUGGACCAUACAGUUAUAAAAAUCUGAGGGAAGUUACAGAAAAUGAAGUCGAAUUAGUGGUGGACAAUUUUUUCGAUCGAAUUAGAAACAAUGAGGAUGUAUACUCUGAAUGGAAAGUAUGUCCCAAUUUUAUCUUUCGACUUUUAUUUAUUGCAAAGUCGAGGUCCAAUAAUUAUAUGUACCCAGUGGCAUCAUCCUUCAUUGAAGCCAUCGCCAAGGAUGAUUGGGUUCCUGAUUGGGGAUUCAGUAGUGUGCAGUACUAUAUAAUUUUAAUAAACUUAGCGGAUUAUAGAAAAUCCUACUACAAAAUAGAUCACUUUAGUUUUUCUCAUUUGAAUACGGACCGAGGUUGGCACAACUUUGUUCCGUUCGAAAAAUUAAGGGAGCCAGGAUUUAUCAACGAAAAUGGGCAAAUCGUUCUAAGGGCCGGUGUUUUCCCACUCGGUUCAGAAUCCUUUAAAAACAGCAGAGAUAUAAACUAUGAUAGUAAAUCCAGGACAGGAUUUGUUGGGCUCCAAAAUCAUGGGGCCACCUGCUAUAUGAAUGCCCUGCUACAACUCCUAUACCAUAUUAACAUUUUUCGGAAAGCUGUUUGUAUGAUGAUUUUUAACAUAGAAAACAUUAUUGGGGAGAAAACUUUAGAAUUUUUUAAAAAAAAAUUUGAGAAAAAAAAAAGAAGGAAAAAGUUGUGCCUCAGUAAUGACAAGAGUUGCACCACCCAGAUGGUCGUUGAAGGUGGGGAGGUGGACUCCAAAAACGCGAUGAACCGAAAGAAGAAAAAGACAAAGUUUGAACGAGAAGACAGUUCCGAUUCGGAAAAAUAUAAGGGUGCUUCACCCAUGAGGAUGGUGCCCUACACUCCUAGUGAGAACAAUGGGGAGGAAGGCAAUCCUGAUGGGGACGAACAGAAACGGGAUGGGGAUCAGCAUGGUAUGCAUAUCCAAAGUGGAGCCUUCGGGGGACCAGAAGUCAUCGCAAACGCUAAUGAAUCCGAGUUGUACGGAAUGGGAAAAAUUAAUCACAACAUUAGAGUGAAGAAUGAGGACCUUCGAAUGAAUCACCUAAGCAGGAGCGACGACAACGAUAAUGGCAGCACCAAUGGUCAGUUUAGACACUCGAAUGAAGACCCCUUGGGGGCACCGCAUAAUUCUUCCCUAGGGGAUGGGUCCCCCUUCAGUGGGUCCCCUCUGAUAGAACGGCCAUAUGACCACCUCCAUCAGUUGCAAGCGGAUAAAUUAGAAAACGUAAAAGAGAAAAAAACGAUCAGCGAAUACCAGCAAAUGUACGCCCCCCAUGAGAAGGUAAACAACAACGAUGGGGAAGAAGCCAACGAAGGAGCAGCGUACCAACCCAGCAACGUUGUAAAUAUUGGUCGAAUCAACAGCAGCGACAUUGCCAAUAUUCCAAAUAUUCCUAGCGUCGGGGCGCAUGAGUACGAAAUGAAGAACAAUAAAAAGCAUGCCUAUGUGCACAAUUCGUCGUCUGACCCGUCCAUAGAUACGGGAGGGAUACAAAACAAUUUAAGCAACAACGGUAGCGGCGAGGUGUACUAUGACAACUCCCUAUACAAAAGCGAAGGCUACAACAACGAAAUGUUGACAACAGUGAAUUGUAAGAAGAACAAAAAAAAAGGCAUGGUCUACGAAUCGAAGAAGAAUUUAAAAAAAAAAAAAAAAAUUUUCAAAUAUGCAAAUGAGGGAAAGGUGGAACAGGCUGAAAAUAACGAUCAUGUGAUGUCUCCCUUUAGCUCCUCCGAUAACUUGUCCAACGUUUCCACCAUGUCGAAAGAGAAGAAGAAAAAGAAGUUCGCUUCUAACAACAAUUUUCAUUUAACGGGAAGUGAUACCGUGAAGAAGGAAAAUGACAGUUCAGUGAAUAAUGCCGUGGGUUACUCCGAGGGGGAAGAGGGCCCCGUGCCGCGGGAUGGAGAAUGUUCCUCCUUGGGUGGUCUCCAUGGCGUGGGUGCCGAAGCGGAUGGCCACAUGGAUAAUAGCAACGAUAAUAACUCUGGUGUAGAUGAUCACCAUGAUGAGAGGCGUGGUACCCUGCGGGGUGAUGAGGACGGUUCCUACUCAGACAGCGACAUGUCAGUCCUGUCCAUCACCUCCUCCGGGUCGUCGUCCUACGUGUCCUGCUCCUCAACCUCCUCUUCAUACUACCAUAAAAAUAAAAAAAAAACAAAGUAUGAUAAGUCGAAAGAGAUUGAUUACAAGAACAUCCUCCUGGAGGAGGAGAACGAAAAGAAGAACAUCCUUCCAACAUCGUUGGCGUUACAAAAUUUGUUUUACAAAUUGCAUUGUAUGAAUGAAGCUGUGUCGUGUAAAGAGCUGAUAAGAUCCUUUGGAUGGGACGCAAGUGAUGUGUUCACACAACAGGACACACACGAGUUGCUAAAGUUGUUACUAGAUAAAGUGGAAGAACAAAUGAAGGGAACGGUAGUCGAAGGGUCUGUGAAAAAAAUGUUCGAAGGGGAAGUAGAAACGUAUAUAGAAUGUCUAGACAUAGAUUACAAAAGUGUGAGAAAAGAGACCUACGAAGAUAUUCAACUAGACGUACAAGGAUGUAACAACAUUUAUGAAUCGCUCGACAAAGCAAUCGAGGCAGAAGUUUUAGAAGGUGAUAAUAUUUACGAAACGGAUGGGUACGGAAAACAGAAAGCAAAAAAAGGGAUGAGAUUUUUGAGCUUCCCAAAUAUUUGUAUAUUUCUCCUGAAAAGAUUCACAUUCGAUCUGCAAAGAAUGGAAACGGUGAAGCUGAAUAAUCGGUUCGAAUUUUACAAAGAAUUGGAUCUGUCUAAGUAUUGCCAAAAUGGAGGAGAAUACGUCCUACAGGCCGUGUCAGUGCACCAAGGGAAUAUGAACAGUGGACAUUACUACUCCUUCAGCUAUAAGCACAACGAAAAUUUUUGGCUCAAAUGUGAUGACGAUAAAAUAUUCCGCGUGAGUGAAUACUCAGUCAUUAACGACAACUUUGGUGGGUACGACAUCAACAUGGAGACUGACCUCUACGAUUUUGACAUAGCAGAUAAAAUAAAACAGAGGAUGAAGCACUACAGCGCCUAUAUGCUGGUCUAUGUAAAGAAAUCGCUCAUCCCCAAGCUUAUUAAAGAGUGCGAUCCAGCCGUGGUAAACCCACAGGUUGUUAAGAGAUGUAGGAUGGAAGAAAUUAUCAACAGAAGGAGGACCAAACUGAAACAAGAAAUAUUACAAUACGUAAAAAUUAGAGUCUUCGAUAAGUACUCCUACCUGUACAAGUCGUUCAGUGACCUACCCCCAGUUGGAAUCCCCUCCCUCUUCAACAUUAAAUUUGACAGGAACAAAACGGUCCUGGAGACCUUUUGUAAAAUUUUGAAAAUCAUAAAGAAGAUUUACCUCUGCAAGAGAAAGAAGCGCGCGGAUUAUCUGCUGCGCAAGUCCACAAGGAUGAAGAUGGAAAAGGCGGACAAGGUGCCGACCCAGGGGGACCACUCCACGUCCGUGUUACUCAAAUCGGAAGAGCCUGCAGAAGGUGGGGACCCCUACCGUCAAGCUCUCCUGGGUAAACACAUGAAACCAGGGAGGAUUCCUAAAGAAGAACGUGACAAAGCGGGAGCGACAUCCAGCCGCAGCGACCGUGGAAGCAGUGAUGGAAAUGGACACAAUCGAUCCGCACACGUAAAAUCACAGGAGAAGGGCGCCAGAACAGACUUGUCCAAAAAAGAAAUGAGCAAGCGCGGAUUGAAUGCAGAGUGUACUACCCCCGAAGAGGGGCCCCACGACCCAAAUGACGCGUGUGACAACCCCUCCGAGGAAGUUCCUUCACAAAACUGCGCUGCGGAUGAUUCCUUAUCUACUGUCUCUUCAGUCCCCUCAUGUUGCAGCACCAAGUCGAUAGACAAAUAUCUUAAAUAUUUAUCCAAGAGGAAGAAUGAAAGGUCGAAGAGGAGAUCGUCCCACGUGAACAACUCCAGAAUGAAAAGCUUCUCCUCGUCAAAUAAUUCGUCGUGUUACUCCUCUUCCUAUUUGUCGCACUCGGGAGAGGAGGACUCCUACUCCUCCGCCUCUUCCUCUUCGUCCAAUAGUUAUGUGAAGGAGAAAAAAUGUUUCUACGUGUUACUUCCUACUAAUGAUGUUUACCGAUACUUCCCCCUAGACAUGAAGAUUAACAGUCAACUGUAUCUCUACGAAUUGCUAAAAAAAACGAACAAGGAGUCAAACGACCUGUUCCCAACCAUAGACAUAUUAUAUUUGCCCUAUAACAAAAAAACGUCCAUUCGAAAAAACAAUUCGAGCACAAAAAAUAAAAACGUUUUGUUUUUUUUUAAAUAUUUUGAUAUCUACGCGGAGGAAAAGAUUGGUGAUACGGCCCUCAUCUGCCUCGACCUGAUGUACUGCGAUGUGUACCUCAAACCCAAGGAGUUAGAAUCUGUAAUUAUCCGAAAAAUCCUAAAGGCAAUGAAAAAGGGUUACAUUACCAGCUAUAAUUAUGACCUCUGGAGGAGUUACCUCAAUGAGGAGGAAGAAUACUACUACGUAGACGACCCCCUGAAUUUUAAAAUUUUCAUUGAAUAUAAAAAUAAGUGUAACUUAAUAAAGUCCAAAAAAAUUAUUGCGCACAAUAAGAUGGUUCCGGGGGACAUCCUCAUCUUUAACUUUUUGAGUAACGCAGAAUUGGAAAAGAAGAAAAAUUUUAUCGUUCGGUUGGGCACAAGGAAGGAGGACCUCUUCCUCACCGAGGAGAAUCAAGUCACCUAUGAUCUGUUUUUUAAUGCAGACGUGUUGAGUAAAAUUUUGUACAGAAAAAAAAAGCUCAUUGAAAAAAUGCACAACUGUUCCUACAUUGUUAGCAAUAAGAAUGGCGUUUACUACAAAGUGUCUUCCUGCGAAUCGGAUGCUGGUGAAUGUUCCUUCCCUCCUGUGCCAAGCAGCGGAGUUACCAACCCGAACGGGGACCCCCCCGCUGGUGAUCAUUCCCAAAAGGACUUACUCAAUGAUGAAUAUUUUGUGAAUGGAUCGAAUUCCAAUCUGAUGAAGAAGAAGAUGAAAAAGGAGACGGCGUCCGAAUUGCCUGUCCAGCUGGAUGCUAACGUCGAUUUUGCCCCUCCGAAUCGUAUGCAGCAGGAGAAUUACUUCACCUAUGGGGAUGACCAGAAUGGUGAGAACACUUUUCCACGUAAAGAGGGGGCAGAAGAAGAGGACCACUCAGACAAUAUUCGACUAGCAUCCGACAGGACAGAAGGUACCCCCCACUUGGGCCAAAAGGAGGGAGCCAAGGAGAAAAGUCCCCUGCAGGAAGUCAACCCAGCGCUCCAUGCAGAGCAUGAAGAUGAUGCAAAGCAGGCACCCCGUGCGGACCCCAGCCACGUAAUGGACGAACACAUGGAUGACGUCGAAAAUGGAAAUUUCAGUGCAUUAAAUAUGACGAAAGAAAAUCUGAGCAGCCAAGAAGUGAUGAACCUUUACCUUUGCCUCAAAAAGUUAAGUAACAAAUUUGAGAAAAACGGAAUGAACUACGAGUACUGCUUGUUAAGUAAAAGCAUGUUGAUGCCCGUGAAGGAAGCAGCCCUUAACAACAAAAAACUCAUUUUUAAAAGGAAGAAGAAACACCCGCCUAACAUUUACAACAAUGAGUGUGUAAAUAUUUGUAGGGAUUAUCAGUACCCAUUUUACUCUCCUCCGACAUCGGACCUCUCCACCGAUGAUGAAAAAAGAGUGCCUCAGAAAGGUAUACAAAAGGAAGAAGUCAAAAGAAAGAAGAAAAAAAAAAACUACGACGAGGCUGUGACGGGUCUUUCCAGGCAAAAUUUGAAUUGCUCCAGUGCAUAUGCGCAAAACGGGGUAGUGAACAAGGCGAUUAACGCAGGUAAAGAUGAUGAGGGUCAAGCGAACGAAUUAGUGUACAAAUGCACCAUCAAUAACACCAACUUGUUAGGAGGAGCAACAGACGGGAUGAACACCCCUACUUACAACAGUGAUCUUAAAAACGAUUAUCGAUAUAAUAGCAACCUGCGAAUACCCAGUGUCAACUUUAAUUCUUCCAACGAAAAUAACAUUUCAAACGAUCUAAUCGCCAGGAACGAUUCCGAAAUAUCGUUCUGUUCUUCGGCGAAUUCGGACCUGACAUACACGUCAGAAAGUACAGCCUACUACAUGUUCAACGCGGAGGAGUCAUUAGAAUCUGUGUACACUAACGAAUCGGCUGCGCCCAGGAACAGUGAUCAAUACAAAGGAAAAUUUUUUAACCCGAAUUCGGAGGAUGAGAAGAUCGAAGCGUAUGUUGAUAUGCCUAAUCCCGGGGGAACAACAGAAGCAGGCAGUAAUCCCAAUUCGGGUGGCCAUCCAGGCCAGAACGUGAAAUCCGGGGUCAAAAUGGAACAACCUGGUCGCAAUCACGGGGGGCAUAAUAGCAGCAAAGACAGUGAAAACCCCCCCAAUGUGGAUCAAGCCGGUAACAACAUCAUAAAACAGGGGGACCCCCACAGGAAUAACACCGACCAGGUCGGACACGUAGGAGAGUCAAGCGGUGAACAAAUUAAUCGAAACAACAGCUGCCAGAAGGCGGGUGAAAAAACGUCGGACGGUAAGAUCCGCAUGAACGGUGAACACGUGAGCGAUAGCAUAUAUUCUUACCAUAAGAAUAGAGACGGUGGUGCACAAAAAGUAAUUUGCGAGGACACGGACAUUGAUGAGGCCAGUGAGGCGCACAUGAACGACAGGAGCAGGGCCCUGCUGCACGAAAAUAUGAACAGCAUAAACAGCAUGAAUGUGAUGGGAUCGAACGAGAACGUCAUGGCAGAAGCGGCGAACAUAAUUGGGGUGUCGUCAAACAUGGGGGUGCCCAACCUGAUGGUUUCAAACGAUCCAUGUGGCAACGCCCAGAGCAGCGAACCAGCCAACGACAGCCUCGUCAGCAGCAAUGCCCCCCUGGGCAGCGGCAGAAGCCAAGCAAAUAGGAGGAGAAAAAACAGGAGAGCCAAAAUUAUCAAAAAGUGUGGCGGACAGAAAGACAAGGAAGAACCCAUUUUGCCCUUUUAUGUCAUAUGCGACUAUCUAGAUUUUGUGGAGAGAAAAAUAUACGUAAACAGAUUCCGGUUUAAAUUAUAUGACCCCAUUUAUCAGCUGGGAAAGUACCGAAACUGCGCAGGAGUUGUUCUAAAGAAGAAUUUAAAAAAAAGCUGUUUAAAUUAUAUCGACUCUAAUUUUAUAUUUUUAAAAAAGGAGUUGUGCAAAAUCGAUCUGGAUAUUGACAUAAGAUGUCCAACCAAGCAGAUCUUUAAACAUGUCUGCUACCGAAUGAAUGUGGACCCCACACAUGUACUGAUUUUUCCCUACCCCCCGUUAAAUAGCCCUAUAAAUUUUAACCCUUACAAUAUUGAUUCGUUCACCUCUAAUUCCGAUUCGGAUGGAGAAAGUUACCAAAAGAAUAGCAACUCGACAUAUGGACCCAUGCCAUUUGAAACUCUAAUAAAACAACAUGCCAUAGCGUUAGAGCACAAUUCACUCACCGAACAAAAGACGUUUUGUUUGUCUCUUCUUCCUUUUCAUUACAAAUACUUCACGAGACUAUACCCAGAGGAUUCCCCCAAAUAUUUCCACUAUGUAGUUCACUUGUUCAACGCGAAUGUACAGUCCGUUGCGGCAUUUACAGGCCAUAUUAAGCUUAAGAAAAGCCUACCUAAUAAGAAUAAAGGGGGGGAUAAUUACUUCCAAGGGGAUGCGGACUCUAGCAGUGAGGCCUCUGGAUCCUCCAUGUCCGACAGGUCCAGUAGCACCAUGGCGAACAGACACUAUUUGUCCAACAAUUACACAACGGUGCAAGAUUUGAUCGACAAAAUUAAAUUAGAAAUUAACCCCUACUUGAAAAAAAGAGGAAUAGACGUCAAGCAAAAAUUUAGAUUGCUUUUUACCUUCGGCCCCAAAAUUAAAUACUUGAGCCAUAAUGAACAGCUCAUACAAAUGGAUUUCGUCAAAACGAACCAUAUAAAAAAUGUGUAUGUCACUCCGCUGAGGAUGGAGCCUGAUUUUACCGACGAGCAGAAGCAUUUGAUAGAAACGGACCAGCUGAAGAUAAUUCACGUCUUCAACCAGACACCUUCGAAGGAAGUUUUCGGCUACAGUUUUGACGUCCUCGUUGAUCCGAAUGACAACAUGCUGGACAUCAAAAACAGGAUAAGAAAAAGGACCCUCUUGCCAAAGUACAUAUUCGACAAAAUCACCUUCUUCGAGUUUGAGAACGGGCAGAGGAUUUGGAGGUCCAACGAAGACACCAUCAAUUGGAAGAACAAGCAGUUCGCAAUCAUUAUAGGAGAACACCAUGCCCCAUCCCAGUCGAAGCCCCAAAUGGGAAUGAAAAUAGCAUAA